UCAACACUCAAAAUCGAAGAGUUGGUGUGUUGCUCUUCAUUCUAACGUGUCUCUUCAGUUCCUCUUCUUACAGUACAUACAGACACCAUGUCCACCGGUUCCUCCAAGGAUCCAAAAUCCGUGUACGAUUUCUCUGUUAAGGAUGCUAAGGGAGAUGUGGUAGAUCUCUCCACUUACGAGGGAAAAGUCCUGCUGAUUAUCAAUGUUGCUUCUAAAUGCGGCUUGACCAACUCCAACUAUACGGAGCUGAAUGAAUUAUAUGCGAAGUAUAAAGACGAAGGCUUGGAGAUUCUGGCAUUUCCAUGUAACCAAUUUGGAGAACAAGAACCAGAAAGCAAUGAUAAAAUUGUGGACUUUGUCUGCACUCGUUUCAAAUCUGAAUUCCCCAUCUUUGAUAAGAUUGAAGUGAAUGGGGGUAAUUCAGCUCCUCUGUAUAAAUUCUUGAAGUCCGGCAAAUGGGGUAUUUUUGGUGAUGAUAUUCAGUGGAACUUUGCCAAGUUUGUGGUUGAUAAGAAGGGACAAGUAGUGGGUCGCUAUUAUCCCACGACUUCUCCUCUCAGCCUUGAGAGAGACAUCCGUCAACUUCUGGGUAUUUCGUGAAGGCAACUGGGAAGAGAGGAUAUGGCGAAUGUGUUGUCUUCCUCAGUUUCUUAACAGCUUUGUCUCGAGGCAAUGUUAUGCAAUAAGCACCUUGUCAUACAAUGGCUUCCUCCUUUACUUUCUUGUUUCCUUUUUAACUUCAUUUCUAUCAUAAACCAUACUUCUCUUCAGUUUUUUUAA